AAUGCUGCGGAACCCGCUUCGUAGUACCACACCCCCGGGGAGGGAAGCAGAAACAUCUGAAACCCUAAGCCAUCGGAGGAGGGAGAGAGGCUUUGUAUGUAGGCGUGGAGAAUGGAGUAGUGAGGGGCUGGGGUCUCUAGCACUGGAGGAGGAAGAGCGAGCAGACCAGCCAGCCAACGGUGUUUUUUUGUUUGUUUGAGGAGGGAACUCGACGCAGGACUCGAGAGAAAGGAAGUGAAAGAAUGCACUAGCGGGCUGCUGCUGCUGCUCUCUCUCUUACACACACACACGCACACGCGCGCGCGGAGCGGGAGACCCGCGAUCGCUGAUCGCAAUCGGCAUCCCCGCUGCAGCGCCCUGACGGAGCUUGUCAAUGGAGCUGGAAAACAUUGUUGCCAACACGGUCUUGCUCAAAGCCAGGGAAGGGGGUGGAGGAAAGCGCAAAGGUAAAAGCAAGAAGUGGAAGGAAAUCCUGAAGUUCCCUCACAUUAGCCAGUGUGAAGAUCUUCGAAGAACUAUAGAGAGAGAUUACUACAGUUUAUGUGACAAGCAGCCGAUAGGAAGACUUCUCUUUCGGCAGUUCUGUGAGACGCGUCCGGAGCUUGAGUGCUGUAUUAGGUUUCUUGACUCUGUGGCAGAAUAUGAAAUUACUCCAGAUGAAAAACUGGGAGAGAAAGGAAAUGAAAUUGUGAUGAAAUACCUCAUCCCAGAGUCCCCAGUUUAUGUAGCAGAAGUUAGUCAAGAUCUUGUUCAGAAGACAGAGGAAAAACUUGAAAACAGUCCCUGCAAGGAGCUGUUCUCACCUUGUGCAAAAUCUGUUCAUGACUACCUAAGUGGAGAACCUUUUCAAGAAUAUUCAAACAGCAUGUAUUUUGAUAGAUUUCUCCAGUGGAAAUGGCUGGAAAGGCAACCAGUAACAAAAAACACAUUUAGGCAGUACAGGGUGUUAGGAAAAGGCGGUUUUGGGGAGGUAUGUGCUUGCCAAGUGAGAGCAACUGGGAAAAUGUAUGCUUGUAAACGAUUAGAGAAAAAACGAAUAAAGAAGAGGAAAGGUGAAUCCAUGGCCCUAAAUGAAAAGCAGAUUCUAGAAAAAGUCAAUAGUCAAUUUGUAGUCAACUUAGCUUAUGCCUAUGAAACAAAGGAUGCGCUGUGUUUAGUUCUAACCAUAAUGAAUGGAGGAGACUUGAAGUUCCAUAUCUAUAACAUGGGAAACCCAGGAUUUGAAGAGGAGCGAGCCUUGUUUUAUGCAGCAGAGAUUCUUUGUGGCCUAGAAGAUCUGCAUAGAGAGAACACUGUGUACAGGGAUUUGAAGCCAGAAAAUAUCCUAUUAGAUGAUUAUGGCCAUAUCAGAAUAUCUGAUUUGGGUCUAGCUGUUAAGAUCCCUGGGGGUGAAUCAAUCCGUGGACGGGUAGGAACAGUCGGCUAUAUGGCUCCAGAAGUCUUGAAUAACCAGCGAUACACCCUUAGCCCUGACUACUGGGGAUUAGGUUGCUUGAUUUAUGAAAUGAUUGCAGGACAAUCGCCCUUUCGUGGCAGGAAAGAAAAGGUGAAGCGAGAAGAGGUAGACAGGAGAGUCUUGGAGACUGAAGAGGUGUAUUCCCAUAAAUUCUCUGAGGAAGCAAAGUCUAUCUGUAAAAUGCUACUGACCAAAGAUGUGAAGCAGAGACUGGGUUGUCAAGAAGACGGUGCAGCUGAAGUAAAGAGGCACCCAUUUUUCAAAAGCAUGAAUUUCAGGCGCUUGGAAGCAGGAAUGUUGGACCCUCCUUUUGUCCCUGACCCUAGAGCAGUAUACUGCAAAGAUGUGUUGGACAUUGAACAGUUUUCAACUGUCAAGGGUGUGAAUCUGGACCAAACAGAUGAUGAUUUCUAUUCCAAGUUUUCAACAGGCUCUGUGUCUAUUCCAUGGCAAAAUGAGAUGAUAGAAACAGAGUGUUUUAAAGAACUAAAUGUGUUUGGACCAAACGGUACUAUCUCACCGGACCUUAACAAAAGCUACCCACCUGAACCACCCAAGAAAGGAUUGCUGCACAGAAUAUUUAAACGUCAGCACCAGAACAAUUCCAAGAGUUCUCCAAACGCAAAGGCCAGUUUAAAUCAUCAUAUAAAUUCCAACCAUGUCAGUUCAAACUCCACUGGAAGCAGCUAGUUAUAUUUGCCUUUGGUGAUCCCACACGUCACAUCCUUCCACUGUAAUAUAUGGAGCUUCAAGGAUGAGAGAGUACCCACCAUUGAGCUAGAAGAUCAACAAUCUCCAACAAAGGGAGAUUUUUCCCUCCUGUUCCUUCAAGUGGAGCCUCCCAUUUUAUGAAGAAAUUUACUCUCAGGUCUGUUUUUGGAGGUGGCACUCGAAGUCUUGUGACUCAACGUUGUCUCUGUAGGACAUUGCAAUAGAAACCGGAGUAUGACAAGUUGCACGUAUUUAAAAUAGAAUCAUAACUAGAACUGAAUUUUGUCCUUAUUAUUUUUAAAGAAAAGGUUUUGUAAAUUUCUCUAUUGUCUCAGUUUACAUUUUGUACAUUUGUAUUUAAAUGAAAGUUGGACUUGGGGAUGUAUAUUUUCUGAGCAGCAGCUUGUAAAGCCAUGUGUUUUAAGACUUUUUUUUUAAGAGAAAAAAGUGACUCAAGACUUCCAGAGCCUCAAAAUGAGUUUUUUCCUCGCAAAUGUAGAAAAUUAUUCAUAUAUUCUAUUCCCCCCCCCACUUCAUUUUGAUUCUGUUGGGCAUUUUAUUUUUUUAUUUUUUUGCAUACUUCAUUCUUUUUCAUUGGUCUAUUUGGUUUACAGCAACACUGCAGACUAGUGUCUUCCCUCCGUUUUGUUAAAAGUCUUGCAUUUAAUGCAACUCAUACACAAGAAUCACGGUCUCUAAGGAGGCUAAUACACUAUGUCUGAGGUUCAGAAUGUCAUGGGACCAGCACUGUUGCUAUUUGCACUUUUUUGUAGUUAGGUCGUCCUUUUACGUCUUUUGCUAAAAAAUCAAUCUUCUUUGAAGUCCCUCAUCUCUCCCCAGCCCCCACUGGUCGUCAUUGUUUAUAUUAUUAUUGCUAAGGCGAGGAAGAACAAAUGUUCACAAUUGCAGACACAGAAGACAGAUAAUCAAUCAUCUGUUCUUCACAUGUUGAAGCUCAGCCUUUAUUGCUGCAAUCAAGAAGAUACUGAGAGGCUAGCUUUGUCUCUGAAAUGUUGAUUUCACCUUUGGGUGGGUUUGCACACGCCGUUGGGAAGGGGUUCUGGAUCCACACUGGAUGUGCUAAUGCACAUUUGACUCCUGAGUUCCCUUUGCACUGAUCUACAGCCUAUGCUGUUCUCCACCCUUCUACAUUGCAGACCAAAGAAGAGCAGAAUUGGUGUGGGUGGUGCAAUUUACAUACCAGCACUUUCUCCUCACCAUUCCUGCUAUAGGUAUAACUUCUUGUGUUCUGGCUUCUCCUGCUUCUGAGGUGAUGAAGUGGCAGAAGAGAAGGUCACAAAGUUCAGCUCUAAAUGGCAGCUGCCUCAUAUACAGUAUUUUCUAUUCCAUUCCCAUUUUCCCAGGAACUUCAGAGACAUAAUGUAUGUACCUGCACGUCAUAUCCUUGCCAAAUAGUUUGGAAAAACAUGUUCAAGUGUUACAAGUUCUUUGAGAACUCUGGCCACUUUAUAGUUAUGAGGUGUGAAUGAGUCACAUGGGUUCCCUUUUACUCUGAUUGGAUGACUGAAACUUUUGACAUUAGUUUGUCAUGCGGAAUGAAUUAACACCACAAAUUCUUGUAUGCAUAAUUGUUAAAAAUAUCUUUGCAGUAAGGUGGUAGAGAGGAAUAUCCAUUUUCAUGUUUGUCUUAUGAAACAUAGAAAGCUGUCUUAUACUGAGUCAGACCAUUGGUCCAUCUAGCUCAGUAUAGUCUACACAGACUGACAGCAGCUUGACCCAAGGUUGCAGGCAGUAGUCUCUCUUAGUCCUAUCUGGAGAUGCCAAGGAGGAAACUUGGAACAUGCUGCAUGCAAGCAUGCAGAUGCUUUCCCUAGAGCGGCCCCAUCCCCCAAGGGAAAUAUCUUACAGUGCUCACAUUUAGUCUCCCAUUCAAAUGCAACCAGAGUGGACCAUGCUUAGAAAAGGGGAUGAUUCAUGCUUGCUACCACAAAACCAGAUCUCCUGCUUCUCAACCUUGGAAAAUCCACUGUCAGUCUGUGUGGACAAUAGUGAGCUAGAUGGACCAAUGGUCUGACUCAAUAUAAGGCAGUUUCCUGUGUUCCUGUAUGGACAAAAUCUGUUCAUGCAAAUUUCAGAACUAUGAGUCGCCCAGGCAAAGUGAGAUGAAACACAUUUGUCAUCAAAUGUUGACAAUAUUCUGCCAUCAGGACUCAGAGAAGCUACAAAUAAUAGUUUCCAACAUUAUGUUUAAGAGGCAUUACUUGAGUCAUAUCAGCUUCAUAGUGGUAGGGGUGUGUGCACAAACCACGGUUCAAGCCCAGCUCGGGAGCAGGGCCUUUGACAUUUAAGAAAGAGGAGAGCAUGUGCAGAUGCCAUGUACUGGUGCCAUGCGGGGAUUCUUGGGACUCGCACUGCCCCAAGGCAGCAGAGAGCAGGUAAGAAUCUGCUCUCCUCCUCCUUAAAGCUCCCAGGCCCUGCUCCCGAACUGUGCUCGAAACACAGUUUGAACUGUGGUUCAUGCACAUCCCUAGGUAGUAGUAGUAGCUUAGUUGGGCUAUAUAUUUCUGACCAGCAGAGGGGUUCAAUAUUUCAGACAUUCCAUGAAGUGAUUUCAAAAUUAUCUUGGCUUGUGGCAUAUGAACCCAUUUUUCUUAGGACUGCUUCUCAUAGUAUGUUUGAAAGAAACUGAUAAACUCUCAGGAGUCAUGCCUUUGUUUUAAGAUUUAGAAAAAGUAAUAAUUUGGGAUCAUAAUAUACUUGUCUGUCUAUGUGGCAAUAUGUAAAGAUUUGUUUCCAGGCUUUUGCCUGCAUCUUUUCACUAGGAGAAACUCUGGCAUUAUGAAAGAUGGGGGGGGGGGGCUGCUACCAAAAAUGGCACUCCCAUUUUGAGUUCUUCCCAGCAUCCUCUUUAACUUGUAAUGACACUUAGCCCAUGUCACGACACCAUCAUGUGAUGAUUUUCUCUGGAAUGGCAGCUAAUGAUCUGGAAAGGAGUCAGGGAAAUACUUGACAUAACAGCAACAGGACGUUACGAUGUUCCAAAGGGAAGGAGGAUCAUUUAAUGCAGGAAUUAUGUUUGUGUUGGUAGCCCUGUGUCUUUCAUGCUGUCUAGUUCUACCCUUAAGGCAUAUCAUUCCUCACUAGAGAGAGACCUGGUGUCAUUCAUAACAAGCAGCGGUGCAAAGAGGCAUAGGUUCUUUUGCCAUAACCACUAUUGUGAUCAGAAAUGUAUUGUAGCCUAGGUAUGCUGAUAUGAUUGAAAUCAUAAUGCUUUAUUUUAACUCACAGAACUUGCAUAAAGUCCAUUGUUCAGCUGGAUAUUUCAUAGCGUGGUCUAAUUUAUUUCAUGUUUUCCCCUGUACAGCUUACAUAUUUCAAAACCAGUUUGAUGAGUGACUUUCUCCUCGAAUAAACGCUUGCACUAUUAAUUUAAAUGAUAAAGGGGAUACUGUGCUUAGCACAUUACAUGUAAUUUACAGGACCACCCAAUGAGAACAAGUGUUCCAUCCACUGAAGGUUCCACCCAUCCCUCCCUCCCUCUCCCCUACUGCUCCCCCAACAUACUGCCUCACACAUUUUUCAAUUCUAUCUCCACUUGGGAUCUGUUUUCUUCUGCUCUGCCCUAACUCAUUAGUCCCUCUUAGACUUUCUUCCCUGCUGUCUCUUAUGUCUUUCCAGACCAAUUGAUUUGGAUGGUUUCCCAAACUUAUAUUAGGCAGAGCUGAACUCAGUUUUGGCCAUCUCUCACUGCUUAACAAGAACAUAGUUAACAUUUGUGCUAGGAAGGGACCUCUGAGGCCUUUAUAGUGGCCCACUUGGUAUGAGAUAUGAAGUCUUUCCUCUUAAAGAAAAUCCACAAGAGGUACAUUUUCUUUCAUCAUCUCCACUGUUAUUUCACCAAUGCUUGCUGCUUUUGUUGUUUAGAAUAAUAACUCAGACAUGCUACAGCAAUAAGAAUGCAACUUAGUGCAAUUAUGCAGAACACAUAAUUGAUAGGUUUUUUUUAAAGGACUAAAUAAAGAACCAUAAUUUUCCAUGUUACACAGUUCUUCAGCUGGAAUUCUUGUAUUCCUUCUUUUGAAUACUCAUUCUUUUUAAAUGUACAUUUGUCUCAGAUUUAUUAUUUCCUUCUCAUAAAAGAAGGCAUGGGGGGUAGUAUGAGUUGCCCUUUAAUUUGACAUUCAGUUCUCACUGUCCUUGAUCAAAUCAGUUAUUUUGUUAUUGUCUUAUUGUAUCUCUGCCAAGCAGUAAACUCAUAAAAUGUGGAAGCUGCCAGGUGACAAAGCGAGGGAUUCUGUGGGACUAAACUGUCAUGUGGAAGGUUGAUACAACCCCUGAAUGGACUAAAUUUGCCAGAUGCCAGUGUUGCUUUUUUUUAUGAUCUGGCUUGGGUCUCGUACUAUAUCCUUUAUGGAACGUUAACUAAUUAACAAGACCUUAGGACUGAGCUUGCAUUUUACAGUUCCUGCAGUGGUGCUAUAAUGAUACUCAAAGUUGCUGGGAUAGGAGUAGCAGUAGCCCUGUAAGCAUUUUGCCUUGUCAAUAUUAAAGCCAACAGGCAUGGAGAAAAUAAUAAAAAUGGUAUCCACCUAUAUUUAUUCCGAUGGCUUAAGUGGAUAAUUCCAUGGGCCUGAUCCAGAAAACCUUACACAUAAGAGCACAUUGCUGCAUGCACAAUACUGUGAAUGACCUUUCCCCUUCUUUAGAGACCUUUCCCCUCCCUUGGAGAAGCCACUGCCAGUCUGUGUAGACAAUACUGAACUAGAUGGACCAAUGGUCAGACUCAGUAUAUGGCAGCUUCCUAUGUUCCUUACAGUUGAGUGUAUGAUUGGCACUGCCUUAGAAGUUCUUAUAACCUGUUGAGUGGCGGGGGAAGCAGGUGCUGGAUUUCUUCCCUCUCCCAUUAGGAAUUUCCCUUAGCCUGUCUGUGAAGCAGCGUGUCAGAUGUUUAAGAUCCAAAGAUGUUCCCUCUACUCUUCAACAAAAAUUGUCAGUGAUAUCAUAGAAGCAGGAGCAACAUGUUCACAUCUCUGGGUGCUGGAAAAGGGAGGGUUCUCCUCCCACAUUACUCUUGCACAUGUAGGACCCCAUGCAGUGGGACAGGAUGCAUGGAAGCUUAUUUCCACACACAGAAUGCCUUUGCUGGGUUGGGGCACCUGUAUAAAAAUUCCUAGAUACAUCACACACAUUUGUUUAAAACAGAACUAUGCUCAACUGCUGAACAUUAUGCAUAUUCUUCAGCAUGUAAGUGCCAUAUAUUUAGGAUCAAAGGAUAUUAAUAUAUAUAUAUAACCCAAGCCCUCUGUUCCUCAGCAAGGUUUGCUACCCAGAAACUAAGACAGUAAGGAUAUUUCACGUAUAUUUAUGCCAUAGCUGGAUAUUUUUAAGGAUCCUUGGAUUUUUCAUCUUUGCCAAAGGGAGGUUUGGUUACUGUUGCAUUUCUGAGCAACUAAAACUGUCAUGACUUCAUAAUGUAGUUGACCAUAACUGAUUAUUGAUUAAAUGAUUAGAUGCAGAUGGUUAUUAGGAGUAGCCACAUCACAGACUUUUAAAAGAUUCACAUUUGCUAAUCACACAUCAUUGAUCCGGUUUUAAAAAUGUAUUCAGGAGUUAAUGUUUUAAAGCACUUAUCAUGCUAUAGUCUCUGUAAAAAAAACAGGCACUUCUAAAAAUGACAAUGUUUUCAUAAAUUAGUUAAAUUAUACAUUUAUAAUAAAUGGAACCAAAUGUUCUCAACUACAGAAAUUAGUGGCUGUUGGUAUUGUAAAAAUAAUAAUAAUUAAUAAUAAUAAAGAAUAAUAAUGGUUCUAGUAUCCAAAGGUUUUUCAUUUUGUUUUAAUUUUCAGGGAGUUUCUUACAUUGUUGAAUGAAAAUAGUUUUCAUUUUGAGGUUGUUACUGACAAUAAUGGCUUCUGUGUUUUCUGGCUGCUUGAAUUCUUCGUACACGUCUAAUAAUAUUGCAGUGCUGCUGUAUCUAGAUCAAACCACUGUUUUGUUUUCCAAUUUGUUUUGGGUUUUUUUUAAAAGAAAAAUAAAUUUCUUUAUUUAAGUAUA